UCGGCAUCUAGCCUGACAAUGACCAGGCUCAGUCUUGCGUGGCAGCUCGUCUCUUUGGUGUGAGAGAUGCCGCGUGGCUCUUGAUCGUUCACUCACUCGCAGCACUGACCACAUCAAACAGCGUCACGAAUGAACGCGGAGAGCGAAUCGUCUCUGCCCACGGAAGGCGCGCAUACAAUUCGUUCUUCACCACCGGCGGGCACUCAAUACUCAUAUCCGCCAAUGGACGAUCUUGCAUCCAAGUCUGAGCCUGUGGCUCCUCAGGAAGUGCAGCAAACCCAAGAUGUGCAGCAAACGCCCAAGCGCUCCAGGCACCAGCGCAUGAACUCUGGCGACACCGAGCGGCCAGCGUCCGCUCAACGUGACCGCCGUGAUGGCUCAGUGGAGCAAUCUGACGUCGAAGCACAAGAAAUCUCUGAUGACAAUGACGCCGACCCUGCACAGCAGAUCCGCGACUUUGACUGGCAGGAUUUGCAUGAGAGGUACCAUACCACCAUCAACCGAUGCAGCCAGGACGAAGCAGACCUUAUGGAAGAGUGGGCAAAACUCAUGGAGUACUUCCGCAUUUGGGCGGAAUCAGGACAUGGGCACGAGACCGACCGGACGUAUCAAAGGUUGCAGACGAGGACUUUGUACGUUCAGAAUGAGGAGGACGAAUUCGAGAGCAGGAGGAACCACUACAUCAACGUGGUGAAGGCAUUCGAGAGUGCACUCACCCUCCUCAGAAACAAUAGUGGCACGAUGUUCCGUGGUUGAUGCUCGGCAGGAGCCGCAUACCUCAACUAUCACGCCCCGCGCGGACCAGCUACGCACCCACUCAAGUGUACAGACACGACGUUCAAGAGAGCGCACGGGUGUACGCCACCAAGGAGGCUGUCUCGCACGUUCUUGUAAUUGAACUCAUUACUCAGGGCAGCUGUGGCAUACAAUCCACACAUAAGGCCUCUGUUCCCAGAAACCAACGUAGCGUCACAAAUCACUAGAUACCCUCGCGAAUCGGACACAAUCAUCAAGUCAUCACAGUCCA